UCUGUCCUAGGUGAUGCUGGUGGGUGACUCUGGAGUUGGCAAAACCUGCCUGCUGGUGCGGUUUAAAGAUGGCGCGUUCCUGGCUGGCAGCUUCAUUUCGACGGUGGGGAUCGACUUCCGGAAUAAAGUCUUGAAUGUGGAUGGAGUGAAGGUCAAGCUGCAGAUCUGGGACACGGCAGGGCAGGAGCGGUUCCGAAGCGUCACCCACGCCUAUUACCGAGAUGCCCAUGCAUUGUUACUGCUGUAUGAUGUUACAAACAGAGCCUCGUUUGACAACAUCCAAGCAUGGCUGUCCGAGAUUCAUGAAUAUGCACAGCAAGAUGCGGUCCUCAUGCUGCUGGGAAAUAAGGUGGACUCGACCCAGGACAGAGUGGUAAAACGGGAAGAUGGAGAGAAAUUAGCCAAGGAAUAUGGAGUGCCCUUUAUGGAGACCAGCGCAAAAAGCGGCUUGAAUGUCGACUUGGCCUUUACAGCCAUUGCAAAGGAGCUGAAACACAGGUCCAUGAAGCUGCCCAACGAGCCCAAAUUCAAGCUCCAUGAUUACGUGAAGAAGGAAGUCAGAGGCUCGGGAUGCUGUAGAUCCUAAAGCGCAGGCUCCAGCAGCCAGGGCAGCUGUGCAGAGACUCAUGCCAAGUGUUCAUGUGCCACACUCCCUCCUCGUGGACAGUAUGUGCAUGUGUGUUCAUUGUCUGUGUGUUCUCAUCAAGGUGAGCUGAGACACGGAGUGAAAGAAGAAAAGGCUCCUUCGUGGCAGCCCUGACAUUCCAGGCACUGCUGUCAAACACCCCAUUGUAGUAGUAUUCGUUAAUUACACACUGUGAUCACUUUAGGUUGGGUGUAACAUUUCAAGUUCCUCCACGGGACAAAAAACAUCUGUCCCAGAUCAGUCACUGUGAACGUGACUGUUCUUGUGAACUAAUGGUUGCUAAUCCUGACCUGAGUUUAACAGACUUUCUCUAACAUGUUGAGAGAGGAGUUUGGCACUGGUCCGCAUGCACAUCUAGGCACCAGGAACUCCUCUUAUCAGGAUGGCUACAGUUGUUCUUGUUGUGGCCUUGGGCCAGUCACUUGACUGCCUUUUGCCUCAGUUUCCCCACCAGUAACAGGGGGAAGAUAACUUACCCAGCAACAAAGGGCACUGUGAGGAUUGUUUGAAAAGCACUAUAGAAAUGCUAAGUAUUAUAUGACUGAAGGAAAUUUCCCACUCCAUUCCAUUUUUCUUUUCCUACUCACUUGGAAUUAAUUAUGAAAGUAUUUUGACCCAGGGCACAAUAUGUAUUAUUGAACUAGAUAAAUACUCAAAAGCAGUUUAAGGCAAACGUUUUUGUAGUCUCUCCCUUGUUUCAUGUGUCAGUUUUACCAUGUGUAACAUACAUUCCUUGAGGCAUCUCACGCUCUGCCCUGCAAAAGACAAAGCUUAGCUGUCCAGUUUUGAGUAAGCUGCUGCAAACAUACCUGUUGUACAGAGAAACCCUAACUGUUUACAUGUUUGAUAAAGGCUUUUGUGUUCCAUUAUUGCUGUUUCCAGUAUUCUAAGUAGAAAGUCCCAACAUAUUGCAGCUUAUCCUAACGUGGGUGAUAACAUUUUCAGAAUGCAGCGCUUUGAUUUCUUUACAAUUCUCUUGGGAUAAAUCUUGCUUUCAGUUGAAGAAAACCAAUGAGAAUGCUAUAGAUUUUAACUGUACAGAUUUGUUAAGAGCCUGAUGCUAGCGUUGUUCAUUGGAAUCUUCCCUCGGUCUUUUAGCAGGGUUAUUUUUAAGGCAUUUGUAAAUGCAAAUCUGAAUCUGGAUGCUUGGGAGAGUUGAGGCGCAUUGUUACCAAAAGGGGAUUUUUAUCUGCAGAUAGUUGCAAAUUUAAUAUUUACAACAACCAGCGUUUAUUGGACUGUAUUUCCCAGAACUGCUUUAAAAUAACUGUUUAUCACAGGUUUCAGAGAGGUACCAGUGUUAGUCUGUUUCUGCAAAAACAAGGAGUCA